AUGCAUUUACCCACUACAGACUUCUUUAAUCGGAUUAUCCGUGAAUAUGGGUAUUCCUUGAGGGAGCUGGCCCGGAUUGCUAUAAACAAGAUAAUGGGUUUUGAAGCCCUCUUUCGUAUCCUUUGCUAUUUUACAACUGUUUCAACAUUCAAGUAUUUCUUCAAUGCUUCCACUCAGUCGGGGACUCGGACCCUUUCCCAUCGGCGGGGAGUCCCUACCCUUAUCCACGAUAAAAGGUUCAAGAAGAACUGGCAGGAUAAGUUUCUAUGGGUGAAUAAUGACUUUAUGGCGCUUAGCUAUCCUAGGACUAAGCGUACAUCGACCAUGCUCCAAGACUCUUCGGUGCUGAAAAAGAGCUCGUUGAUGUCAUCGAGAAGAUCGACAUCAAUGGUGAGGAUUGACUGGAUUGCUUCUUGGCCGCUGGUGGGAUGA